UGCCACUAUGUGUGUACUCCUCAUCGACCAGAAAAUUCUGGCAACGUGCUCCCUUGAUGUGUAAACGUCGCGUUACUAGGAGAGUUGGUAGCUGAAUGUAUAGUCACGUGGGGCAACAAACGCGUCUUCACCGCAGGCCUUCAUCACGCGUGCCAACCAGCUAAACGCGGCGGGUUGGAUUUCGACAACUAACUAUCCGAUCACCUCCUCAUGAAAUUUUCCUGUUGUCAACUUAGUCACCUACUACUAUACUCCACGCGUUUGCUGGAGCUCGCCCAAUUCUAUCUCUUUCUAGAGUUCGAGGCUUCACAACGACAGUGGCAUAAUUGCUGUUUCUCGCUUACCCCACAAUAUUGAGGCUACCCGCAUCACGAAUCACACAGGAAGAUCACAAUCAUGUCUGCGAACCGCACAGUCGUCCGGCUGCGUCCAGGCUGCUCGGAUGGCGAUGCAACACACAUCCCCAGACCGGGCAAAUGCACACAGGUGAACCCACCGACGCUCUACCUUGAGAAGAUUGGACAGCAGUGGAUGGAAGAACGUGGUGAAGCUCAAGCAGGUGUCAAGUACGUUCUCGAAUCUCUGCCACCAGGAUACUCCAUGUGGCAACGACCUCGUGGUAAGGGCGCUCAUGUCGACAAAUACCUGUAUGGACACCCAUCCCACAGGGCUUUCGACUCACCGAACCGCUUUUAUCCACACUUCGCAUACCUUGUGCAGAACGCAGGGAAUAGUAUUGGAUGCCCUUGUACUGUGUGUAUGGGAGGUUCAGGCGUGCUUCCAAAAACCUCUCCCAACAAUAGCAUGCGCACGUCCAGCGCAGCAUCCUCUCGUCCACCAACAGCAACCCAGACAUACAAACUACCGACGGCGAAGUCCGCCCCGGUAUUUCCCGAUCUUCGUCACGCGUCCCAAAUUCCAGCAAAGACGUCAACUCCUGCGUAUCAUGAUCAUCCACAGGCGUUUCAAGUGUUACAACCGCAGCCCACACUGACGGCUCCUCUAGCGUUGCAACCAACAAGCUGGCCUAAGGUAAUCAGGCCGGGUAUGUCCACAACUCGAACAGAUGAGAAAGGAACACCAGACAUAUAUCGAAAUCUAAUUGAGAAGCUCAGGCGCGACAACGUCAUUGAUGAGACCAUAGAGGAGCCGCUGAGCCCAGACUGGAAAGCCGAGCAGGAAAUUCUUCCAACCCUACUCAAGGAACUGAAAGUCAGGGAUAAAUGGGUUCCGCGAGCAGGUGAUAUCGUUCUGUAUGUGAGAGAACUUUCUGAGGACGUAGAUAUUGUCCGGAAUAACGCUUCAGGGGAGUUCAAGUUGUUUGAUGGACAGAUGAACAGGUAUAUUGGCUCUCCCGCCUGGGAAGCCGGUCUUAUCGGACAGAUUCCGACUGAGAUGACUACUAUCGACGACAUCAUCGAGGACGGCGACAGGCCUGUCAACAUCACAUAUUCAGGGGUUCGCAUCGAGCCGUUACCGAAUGUUAACGAUCCCGACAAAUCCUUGUCCAAGCGAUAUAAGUACUUUCCGAUUCGGCAGGUCAGGCCUUUCAUAUUGUGGAAAGAGCUUCUGCACCAGAUACCACAGGAACGAUGGCACCCAACGAUCACCAACGCUUUGACAGUCACGGCGACCAUGUCGUUGAUAGGCAAGCAUCGCUUCCGUGGCACAUGGCCGAACGCCCAAAUAUAUUGUCAUGGAAUACAUCUUGGGUACGAGAUGCUUGCCGUUGGCGACGUUGUGCGUCUUCUACCUAUAUCCAGACUUCAGCAAACAGAGUGCUCCGACAUUCUUGUUAUCAAAUCCAUACGCCUCAAGUGGUCUGGCUUAGACAAAGCCUCCAACAACGAUUGGGAUGACAAUCAGCCCUACAACUCCACCAUCUUGAUCUACGGCUCUGCAUACACGAGCGACGCAUCUCGCCUGAACAAAGAAUGGCUUUCGAACGACAACGUAGAGCCGCCACGAGUAGCAGACGGCUAUCCAGGCCUGCACCCACUGCACCCUCCCACGAAAGAAAUCGUAGUCCCCAUGUCCCGCAUCCUAGGGCGUCUCUACGAGCGCAACGCCAUGGCCCUCUGGCUUAACUCCCACCCUGACGACCUCCCAGGCCUCGACCCAGGCCGGCAAGGCCUCCUAGAAGGCCGCGCCUUCGCGCACAAAAACGACCGCCGCAUCGUUGAAAACCCGGGCUCAAGCUGGUAUUGGGGCGACAACCGCGCCGACGCACUGGACCUGCAAACCAUCAACGGCCUCGAAGUCGCGAAGCACGACCCCGAGCGCAAGACGAAAGAAUGGCGCCACAAAAUGGACCAGCUGCAGCGCUUGGAGAACGAGAAAGCCCGCUUGGAUGCAAAGCCCGCUGCUCCUCUCGGCCUGCGACGUUUCAUGGCGCCGGGCACUGAUGCGCUGCCCGUUAGGGUGCAGCCGCUACGCGUAGCCGAGGAGAGCGGUAGUGGGACGAGUACGGCGACGAGCUCCGUGUCCGGAAAGAAGAGAAGCCAUAUUGUGAAUCUGGAUACUGAUGAGGAGGACGAGGAUGAGGACGAGAAGGAGAUCCGCGCUUACACUAAGAUCAUCGAGGAUAUGCCGAGCGUAGUGCGCAAGAAACCCAAGGUUAUGGUCGUUAUUGACUGAGUAUCUGGUUCAAAACACGAUGAUGAUAUUUACGGGCUUCGAUGAUACGACACAUGGUCACGAGGGGAUAGAGAAAAUGGGUUCCGAUGCUUAGGCGUCGGGGGUGCACAGACCUGGGAAAAGUACGAGCAGAGAAGGAUACGAGGAAGGGAAUGCACAAUGCACUAUCAUGUUGAAAGGAUGCGUGAGUUUAUCGAGAGAGAGAGAGGCAGAGGAUCGGAUCAUAAAUCUCUCUCCACGUGUAUGUACUCAAACAUGAUGAAAUCACAUAGACCAAACAAGUUUACAAAAAA